GCCUUCCGCGGGCUCCCCUUCGACGAGACACAGCGAAGAGAGGCAGAGACGCUCUCAGAGAGAGAGAGAGAGAGACGAGAGCUCGGGCAGUGAGGAGGACGAGCACUCGCAGGAAGGAAGGGAGGGAGGGAAGCGAUUGAGGGAACGAGCGCCAUCGCUGCGCUGGUGCGUCUGCCGCGUCGAGCACGAGGACGGGAGAGAGACAUUGAGUGCCGCGUGCAUUGGGGAAAGAGAGGAUCUCGACUGGUUUCAGGAGCUCGAGCGUCGAAGGUUGUGGUGGCGACGACGUCGGGAGCUCGAACGGCGGGGAGAGAGGCUCGUGUGUCAGCGGCGGAGUGAAGACGGGGAGGCAGGGAGGGAGGGAAUAUAGGAGGAAGCGUGAGGUGGGAUUCGCGGGCGAGCGUGAGGUGGGUGGUUUUUCCGACGCAGGAGGACCGGCAUUGGUGAGGUAAGCUCGUGGAAGCGGAGGCGGUCCACUAGUUGCUCGCCGCUGUUCCAAUUUGGCUCCGCAGGUGUUUGCCAAGGGGCCCUUCAUGUCCGAAACAGCCCUAAGAAACGUGAAUGCUGUACUCCUGUCAGAAAGACGGAGUAUCAGUGCAAAGAAAGCUCCCAUGAAGGUUGUCUUGACUGGCCCCAACGACGAGAACCUCGACGUAUGCAGGGGCAAAGUUGGCCGCCUUCAAGCUCCCGUCGCCUCUGUCAAACCGAAGAGCAAUUCGAAUGCUCCAAUGGAAGCUCAAGUCGCAGCACCGCCUGUUGUUGAGAUAGAGUACAUCUUGUCCGAAGAUCUGAAGCCUCUGGAGGAACCCGAUGUCAACCUGGAGACUCUGCUGACAAGGUUGGACUCCAAGGACUGGCUGACCGUCUUGGAUGGCCUUAACCACGUCCGGCAACUGGCCCUGUUCCACUCCUCUCCCAUGCGACACAUCUUGAACAAUGUUGUUACACUUGUCGUCAAAGCCUUGAAGAACCCACGAAGUGCUUUGUGCAAGACUGCCAUCAUGGCUUCAGUCGACCUGCUGAAAGCAUACCAAGAUGAUAUGCUGGAAGUCUUGGACCCGAUGCUACUUCAACUCCUUCUGAAGGCUACACAAGAUAAGAGAUUCGUGUGCGAAGAGGCAGAGAAAGCUCUUUUCGGCAUGACUAUGUGGCUUUCCCCUUACCCAGCUCUCGAGAAGCUAAGACCAUAUGUCAGCCACCGAAACCCCCGAAUUCGAGCCAAGGCCGCCACUUGUGUCUACAAGUGCGUGUCUCGACUGGGUGUCGAUGGUAUGAACCAGUACGGUUUGGAACCGCUCAUUCAGAUUGCUGCCGCACAAUUGAAUGACCAACUUCCAGAAGCGCGCGAGGCAGCUCGGAAACUUGUUGUCGAUUUACAUGCUGUGUACAAGCAGUCGAGCCCACUCGUCAGCCCCGUUGCGAAAGUGGCAGAAGAAGCAGAUGUCGAAUCCUCCCAACCGUCGGAUCCUUGGGAAGCUUUUUGUUUAAGCAGUCUGAACCCCCUUACAGCCCAAGCUGUAUUGAGGGUCACAUGCGUUGCCAACUAGACUUCGAACACUUCAUUCUUCCUCCAACACCUACUCCUCAUAAUCGAGGUCAGGUAACUUCAUCACAGUAGUAUAUUUUUUGCUGAGAGCAAAAGUGCCACACGCCAGAGUAAUAGACGUCCCAUAGAGUAGAAGUCCCGGAAUGAGUGCCUGCUAGGAUUAGGCAAGGCAAUCAAACAUAUCUGUCUUCUGUAAAUUUCCUCUCGAAAUUCCUUUUUGACACACUCGGUGAGUUACCAGACGACCAUGCCGUACUUACGAGGUGGCAUGAUGAAAGGAUGGUGCAUGCACGCACAGCAGAAACUGUCAGUGCCCACCUUCCCAAUUUCUGGACCAAUUGAGUCAUGUUUUCGAAUGUUCCCACGUUCUGCUACGUACCAUUUGGAGUGCUGGACGAGAUCAAUGUCAAGUAUCCGGCCCCGUGUCGUGCCUGUCCGUCCGUUCUGUUUUGGUCGUCGCUUUGUACCCCGCAAUCGGACGAUCAGAUCGAACCAUUCAGUUCAAGAUCUUGGAAGUCACAUUUUGUUCAAGACUUCGAUUGUAAUCUUACCAUUAAAGGAUUCUUCUUUGCCAGCUUCAAAGCUGAAUAUAUAUUC